GCGCCCGCGUCGUUUGGAGCCGCGACGCGGAACAUGGCGCGUUACUAGAAGCGGCUUUCGGCAUCAGUAGGCGGCGGCGUGUGGACUGGAAGCGUGGGGCGCAGGACGAGCUGACGCCGCUUCGUGUUGGAGCGUGGAAGUGGGAGAGCCGGGCCAUUCCGGACCGAACCAAACGGUUUCCAUGGAUCUCAAUAGUGCCAGUACUGUCGUUCUUCAGGUCUUAACACAGGCCACCAGUCAGGAUACUGCUGUGUUAAAACCAGCUGAGGAGCAGUUGAAACAGUGGGAGACGCAGCCAGGUUUCUAUUCAGUGUUGCUGAAUAUUUUCACAAACCACACUCUGGAUAUAAAUGUAAGGUGGCUUGCUGUGCUGUAUUUUAAAAAUGGAAUUGAUCGCUACUGGAGACGUGUAGCACCUCAUGCUCUCUCAGAGGAAGAGAAAUCUACAUUGCGUGCAGGGCUAAUCACCAACUUCAAUGAACCAAUAAACCAGAUUGCAACUCAAAUUGCCGUGCUGAUUGCAAAAGUUGCUCGAUUGGACUGUCCUAGACAGUGGCCUGAACUGAUUCCCACUCUUAUAGAAUCUGUCAAAGUACAAGAUGAUCUUCGACAGCACAGAGCGUUGCUUACCUUUUAUCAUGUUACCAAGACCCUGGCGUCUAAACGACUGGCUGCUGAUAGAAAACUGUUUUAUGAUUUAGCUUCUGGAAUUUAUAGUUUUGCCUGCUCUCUGUGGAAUCACCACACAGACACAUUCCUUCAACAAGUUUCUUCUGGCAAUGAAGCUGCAGUUCUAAGUUCACUAGAACGAACUCUACUGUCAUUGAAAGUGCUGCGUAAGUUAACUGUUAAUGGAUUCGUGGAACCUCAUAAGAAUAUGGAGGUGAUGGGUUUUUUACAUGGAAUAUUUGAACGUCUAAAACAAUUUCUGGAGUGCAGUAGAAGUAUAGGUACAGAUAAUAUAUGUAGAGAUAGACUGGAAAAGACCAUCAUUCUUUUUACUAAAGUGCUUUUGGACUUCUUGGAUCAGCAUCCCUUUUCAUUUACUCCUCUAAUUCAGAGAUCACUGGAAUUUUCUGUAAGCUAUGUGUUUACAGAAGUUGGUGAAGGAGUUACAUUUGAACGAUUCAUUGUCCAGUGCAUGAAUCUUAUUAAGAUGAUUGUCAAAAAUUAUGCUUAUAAGCCAUCCAAAAACUUUGAAGAUAGCAGCCCUGAAACUCUUGAAGCUCAUAAGAUUAAGAUGGCAUUCUUCACAUAUCCCACUUUGACAGAGAUAUGUAGAAGAUUAGUCUCUCAUUAUUUUCUGUUAACUGAAGAAGAACUGACAAUGUGGGAAGAAGACCCAGAAGGCUUUACAGUGGAAGAAACAGGAGGAGAUUCUUGGAAAUACAGUUUGAGGCCAUGCACUGAAGUAUUAUUUAUAGAUAUAUUCCAUGAAUAUAACCAGACUCUUACUCCUGUACUUUUAGAAAUGAUGCAAACACUUCAAGGGCCCACUAACGUGGAAGAUAUGAAUGCACUGUUAAUCAAAGAUGCUGUGUAUAAUGCUGUUGGAUUAGCGGCUUAUGAGCUGUUUGACAGUGUUGAUUUUGAUCAGUGGUUUAAAAACCAGCUUCUUCCAGAAUUACAAGUCAUUCACAAUAGGUAUAAGCCAUUGCGACGCAGGGUGAUUUGGCUCAUUGGUCAGUGGAUUUCUGUGAAAUUCAAGUCUGACUUAAGACCCAUGUUAUAUGAGGCAAUUUGUAACUUGCUUCAGGAUCAAGACUUAGUGGUCCGUAUUGAAACAGCUACCACUCUGAAGUUAACUGUUGAUGAUUUUGAGUUUAGAACAGAUCAGUUUCUACCGUAUUUGGAAACCAUGUUCACACUACUUUUUCAGUUACUGCAGCAAGUUACAGAAUGUGACACAAAGAUGCAUGUUUUACAUGUCCUUUCUUGUGUGAUUGAAAGAGUAAACAUGCAGAUACGACCAUACGUAGGGUGUUUGGUACAGUAUUUGCCUCUUCUUUGGAAGCAGAGUGAAGAACACAAUAUGUUGAGAUGUGCUAUUUUGACAACACUUAUUCAUCUUGUUCAGGGAUUAGGAGCAGACAGCAAGAACCUGUACCCUUUCCUGCUCCCAGUUAUUCAACUGAGUACAGAUGUUUCCCAGCCUCCACAUGUUUAUCUUCUGGAAGAUGGUUUAGAAUUAUGGUUAGUGACUUUGGAAAACAGCCCAUGUAUUACACCAGAGUUACUUCGUAUAUUUCAGAAUAUGUCACCACUUCUAGAACUAAGUUCAGAAAGUCUCAGAACCUGCUUUAAGAUCAUCAAUGGUUAUAUCUUUUUAUCAUCAACAGAAUUUUUACAGACAUACGCAGUAGGUCUAUGUCAGUCCUUUUGUGAACUGCUAAAUGAAAUUACUACAGAAGGCCAAGUUCAAGUGCUAAAGGUUGUGGAAAAUGCCCUUAAAGUGAACCCAGUAUUAAGCCCGCAAAUGUUUCAACCAAUUCUACCCUGUGUUUUCAGAGGUAUUAUAGAAGGGGAGAGGUAUCCUGUAGUGAUGUCAACGUAUCUCGGCGUUAUGGGUCGAGUCCUGCUACAAAACACUAGUUUCUUUUCCUCACUACUUAAUGAGAUGGCACAUAAAUUUAAUCAGGAGAUGGACCAGCUUUUGGGAAAUAUGAUUGAAAUGUGGGUUGAUCGCAUGGACAAUAUUACCCAGCCUGAAAGAAGAAAACUUUCGGCUUUGGCUUUGCUUUCUCUUCUGCCAUCUGAUAAUAGUGUUAUCCAAGAUAAAUUCUGUGGGAUUAUAAACAUCUCAGUGGAGGGCCUACAUGAUGUCAUGACAGAAGAUCCUGAAACGGGAACUUAUAAAGACUGUAUGUUAAUGUCUCAUCUUGAAGAACCGAAAGUAACAGAAGAUGAAGAGCCACCCACAGAACAGGAUAAGAGGAAAAAGAUGGGCUCCUCAAGAACAGCAAACCCGGGGCAGGCUCUGUGCUGGAGAGACAAACAGCAAGUUGGAGGGUGACCAAGUGGAAGGACAGCACGAGUGCCCUGUGCCAGCUGGGUGUCCCCUGACCUCACUUUUGCAAGCUUGGGAGGAAAGUCGCCUGUCCUUCAAGGAGGAGAAGACACCACUCUUGCUUACCAGUUAAGUAAUAAAAUGGAAAAUCAAGUAGUUUGGGUAAAUACUGACUUGGUAGGAUUGACUCUCCAUCUGUUUUAUUUCCUUCUGAUGAUCCAUCAAGAUUCCUAAAUGCAGUUUGGAUUUUGAAAACAUCUGGAAUCAGCCAAGCACAGUUUGGAAGCUGUUGAGUGCUGACAUUAUAAUCUGUAUCUCUUGCUGCUCAGCUGUGCCUGCCUACUGUGCCCCGACCUACGAAGAUGAAGCCAGCAGUGUGCUCCUUCAGACAGCAUCCUGCCUCAGGGGGAUUGAGGGUCCUUAUGAGUAUUGUGUGUGUGUGUGUGUGUGUGUGCACUUUAUCUUUGCUCCUGGUUAUAAAUGUAAUAAUGUUCACUAUUGAAACAUUGGAAAAUAAAGAAAAAGGUAAAGAAGCAGCAACUCAUAAUCCAUUCACCCAGAAAUAACCACUCUUAAUGUUGUGAUGUGUAUGUGUGAAGGAUUUUGUGUACAUACACACACACCCCUUUUACUCUAUGUGGUUUUAGAAAAACAAAACCAGGAUCCUUUGUGUAUGCAUUUAGAAUACUGGCAUUUUUUGAUAGCAUUAUAUCCUAUUUUUUCUAUCUUUAUACAUUUUUUAUAAAUAUAAUAUUUGAAAACUGCCUUAAUAUUCGGUGGAUGGGUAUUCUGUCAGUUCAGAUCCUCCAAGAAGCAGAUGCCAGGAGAGGGUUAACUGUACGAGGAACAUGUCGGGAGAAAUCUCUGUGAAGGACAAAGGAGAGGGAACAGGCAAGGCAGGGGGAUGGUGCAAGUGUGACACCUGUGAGAGGAGAUCAAGAGGAAGGGUUUGCCAGGGAGAGCAUCACAGCCCUGAGAAGGGCUUGCCUAGGCUGAUGGGGAGUCAGCCCUUGGGCAGAGGUUGCCCACCGCACAGUUCUCACGUUGGACAAGAACGGCCUGGCUCCGGUGCCCCUCCCAUGCUUAGUCAAUGGUGGGGGAGGGCAGCAGGGAGGAAGCGUGACCGCAACAUGAACACUGAUGUGGAUCCAAAGGGAUGGCAGCCGGAGGCUUCUCGUCACCUCUCCCCCGUGGAAUAGUCUGUUGAAGGAGAUCUGAAUGGCACCGCUUCCUGGUCACCACAGAGUCCCCUAAGUUCUUUAAUUAAUCCUUUAUUGUUAGCUAUUUUGACCAUCCUCAUUUUUUUGCCAUUAUACAUUAAGAAGCAAUAAAUACUCUUUGACAUAAA